AUGUCACUCCAGCGGCUGAGCUUUGAGAAAACGCUGGAAAACACCAACAUCAUGCUGCUGACGUUGGGAAUACCACCGUGCGAGGAAUACUACCCACCCGGAAAACUGGCCGCAAUAAAACGCAAUGGCUUGUUCAUUGUUUCGUUUCUACUGCUCUCGUACACGACGGUCGGUGAGGUGAUCUAUCUGCUGCAGUUGUUUCAAAGCGAUGUUACUUUCCUGGAGGUGACGUUCCAAACACCCUGUAUUGGAUAUUGUACCAUAGGCGUGUUGAAAAUGGUCAUUCUGGCGGUGCGCCGGAACACGAUCGCCGAGCUCGUGGGAGUUUUUCGCGCUAAAUGGCAGCAGGCGAUUAUCACCGCCGAGCAUCGUAAAGUGUGCGAGGACACCAUGAGCCCCGCUAUUUUGGUGACUACCGUGACGGCCCUGGCCAACGUGGUGAUGGGAAUAGCCUUCACCAUACUCCCCAUGGCUGAAAUGAUCUACCAUCGCUACCACACGGGCACCUGGAUCCGGCUUCUAGCCUUUAACAUCUGGUGGCCUUUCGACGCACUAGCCGGGGCCAAGUUCUUUUGGUUCGUUUACCCACUGUACGUGGUCAUCGGUUUUUCCGGUAUCAUCAUACACAUGGCGUUUGACUGCUUAUUCUGCAUACUAGCCGCCCAUCUCUGUAUGCACUUUCGCAUUCUCAAGCAUAACGUCGAUCUCAUGGUGCAAGGAAUGCAUCAAAAAGGCUGCAGCCAAAACAUGAGCCGUCUGCAGGACGCCAUCAUCACCCAUCAGGAUUUAAUCGGUUGCAGCGUUUUCAUGCAGGAUGUGUUUGGAAACAUGUUGUUCAUCAAUUUCCUGGGCAGCUCCAUCAUCAUCUGUAUCCAAGCGUUCAUGAUAACGACCGUCACAGGUUAUACGCUUGUUAAAUUUGGCUUGUUCAUGUUGUGCUUUUUAAUCGAACUGCUGAUGUUGUGCGUGUAUGGAGAAGACAUCGUACAAUCGAGUGAAGACGUCGCGAAUGCAGUGUACGGUUGCAGGUGGUAUGAGGAAUCGAAACCGUUCAAGCGGUCCAUCCUGCAGAUUCUGCACCGUAGCCAGGACCCUGUCAUACUGACUGCCUGGAAAAUUUGGCCCAUUCAAAUGAGCACCUUCAGCAGGAUCCUACAGGCUUCAUGGUCCUACUUCACCCUGUUGAAAACUGUCUAUGCAAACGAGUAA